AUGGCAGAGCAAUAUGGAGGGGUCUUCAGUUACUGUGGAAUGGGGGUAUGGACCUUUCAGACAAGUGACCCACUGUUUCAGUGUGAUUUUGGGCUGAGGUUGAAUGUCACAGUGAAGACCCAGAAUUGUGUCAAAACAGGGGACAGCACUGCCUGUUCAGGGCAGGGACAGUGUGUCACGUAUAGGACACAGGCGCUGUAUCAAUGUAGGUGUUGCCACGGUUUCUCGGGGGAUUUCUGUGAUGAUCUAGACGCAUGUGUCAGUAACCUGUGCCAAAACAAUGCCACCUGCGAAGAUCUUCAUAAUGAUCCAACAGGGACUCAUUUUCGGUGCAGUUGCCCUAAAGGGUAUAUUGGAGAUUUAUGUGAACAUAAGUUAGAAAAUCCUUGCGACAGUUCACCAUGUGCUAACAAUGGCUCAUGCACUCCAAACGAGCUUAAUUAUGCAUGUGCAUGCAUGCCAGGAUACAGCGGGGACCAUUGCGAGGUGGAAAUUAAUGAAUGCGACAGCAGUCCUUGCAAGCACGGAAUAUGUGUGAACGAAAUUGGAGGAUACCAGUGCUUUUGUAUUCCAGGUCAUGGCGGAAAACACUGUGACAUCGAGUACAAUGAGUGCCAGUCCAACCCAUGUAAGAACUCUGGGUUUUGUGUAGACAAAGUCAAUGACUUUGAGUGUGAGUGUGGGCCAGGAUACAGGGGCAAGGAUUGUUCUGAGAAGGUGGACCUGUGUUUCCCCAACCCGUGCCAAAAGGGAUCCAUGUGUUUUGAUCAUGGAAAUUAUUUCAGCUGUAAAUGUCAUGCGGGAUUUGCAGGCCACCAGUGUGAGAUUGACAUCAAUGAAUGUGACUCGUCACCCUGUAAAAAUGGCGGCAAAUGUCACGAUAAAGUGAAUGGCUUCUUCUGUGACUGCCCUCCAGGCUAUGUUGGUACACGGUGCCAAACCAAAGAAAAUUCACAAGACAAACCGCUGUCUGAUGUCACUCGCUCAAGUCAUUCCUCCCGCAGUGUGGAGCAUGUGCACUCCACCAACCUGUACAUUAUAGUGGGAACCUCCAGCGGUACCAUGCUGAUGGUGCUCCUGGUCCUGGCAGGGUGCUACUGCCACACACACUGGCCUGAGAGGAACUUCUGGCCCAGAAAAUACAGUGAAUAUCAAAGUGUUGGAGACAAGACCAGUCAAGAUCUCAGCAGUAUUCUCGCCCCUGGACCUUCCCAUGAUGCUAUUUAUGAAGCCAACGCAUUGGACUACUCGGAUAGUACGCUAAAUUCACCGAUUGCCAACUCUCUCAAACCAAAGAGAGUUUAGAUGAAGAUAUUCAGUAAAUUCAGAGAUGUGGCGCACAGGUGGCUUUUGCCCCUCUUCAUCCCCUCUUUAUUCUUCCCUGAAAAUGCCAUUUAUAAUGCUACAGAACUACAUGGAACUUAUUGUUGUGGAAUAUAUUUUUGCUGUCCCCUCUCCUUCUUUCUCUCGAUACUUGUUAAAUUAUUGAUUUGCUUUUGAUGUACUGUACUGGAUAGAUAUUUUAUAAACUUUUGUUGAUUUUUUUUUUAUUAUUAUUUUUAGUGCUUAAAUGGAAAGGGGUUUUAUGUGACUGUAUAGAUUUACUUGAUUUAAAUUACACAGGUCACUGUUUAAUUAUGUAAACUGGACUUAAGCCAGUAUGUAUUAGUAUGGAAGAAGUCUAUAAAUUGCAGUUAUACAAAAUAUUAUUUAAUUAUAUGAGAACAAUAUCACAGUUAUACAACCUGACAUUUUUUUCUAGAAAACUUACAUAUUACUUGGUGAUAUUUUUUCCUCUUUUUUCAAGCUGUCUGUUGCUUUUUCUGAUACUUAAACAAAAUUAAUUUUUUAUGACAGAAUAACUUGAAUUUUUCAACUGUACACAAGGGUUAUGUUGCUUUUUAUGUAUAUAUACUGAAUAAUAGUGAAAAUGUGAUAAAAUGGAAGAUGUUAAUAGCAAUGGCAGCAGAAAAAGAUCAGUUUCAUAGGUGGCUGGAAUCAGUUUCUUAUAUAAUAUAGGAUGUAUAAUUAACUUGUUGAAUAUAUAACAGUUUCCAAAAGACAAACCCAUGGGUGUAAAAAGUGAAAUCAAUGAAGUCCGUAAUUACAGAUGAUGACUGUCAGUAUUUUGUCCAAAAGAGGGCACCAGUGGUCAAAGCAGGUUUUGGCUUCUUCGGUUAAUAUAUACAUAUAACCAGUUAGGUGUUAGUAGAUAUUUUGUUUAAAAGAGGGCACCACCUGUUCACUGAAGUAUUAUUGAAUAUCUUAGCUGAAAAGGGGCAUCUCAUGUUUAAUUUUUGUCCAUUUUGACAAGUUUUCAAUAUCAUAUGAAGUUAGUUGAAAUACUUACAUAAUAGUGAUGUAAUUAUUUUUCAAAUAAAAUAUUUUUGUUGAAAUCUUUCCUUAAUUUAAUUUUUUGAACAUUUUGGUAUAUUUUUCUUAAAGAUAUUUAAUGCCAAUAUGUUAUGGUCUUAUUUCUUUCCGUCCUGGGUAACAUAUAAAGUUUUGCUUUGUUUUAACAUUAUGAAAUUAAUAUAUAGUUAUACUCUGGAGAUGCUUGAAAAGUUCUCACAUGAAUCUCGCAGUUAUAAUAAAUGCUGAAAUGACACGUUAGCUGUAGCAUGGAAUUUUGGUAGUUUUUUUUAUCAAAGCAUCAUUAUGAAAUUGUACAACUAGUAAUUUAUAAUAUUAUAGUAUCAUGGUUAUAAUUAUCUUAGCUUGAUAUGAGAGUAAAGUGGUACAAAAGAAAUCAAAAAGUAUUAAUGAAAAGCAUUUAUUUAUUUUAAUAUAUCAUCAAAAUGAUAUGAUAAGUUCUUAUGUUGGAUCAUAUUAUUAACACAUAAUAUAUAAUCAUGGCAGUGGGUAAAGUUGUGCAUGUAGCUCAAUAAAUGGAAAGAUAUUUAAAAUAAAAAAAAUUAGGGAAUAAUGCAAUUAUGUGCUGAACAACGUAAAAGAUACGUCUAGUUUGUUGAAACUAUGUAUAGUAGUUCAGUCUGACAAUUAUCAGGAAGUUAUCAUGUCAGAUUUUUAAAUACUGUAACAGUGAGUUCAACAAGUCCAUGUUCAUUUGUUGUACAAAAAACUUAGCUUUGAUGCUUGGAAGAAAGCACCUCCAGUAAAAAGAUUAAAAUUUUGUAAAUAACCUGUAAUGUCACAAUAAAAAUAUAUUUAACAA